AUGUCGACGGCGACGGCGGCGACGACGGCGACGCGCGACGCGGACGACGUGCGCGCGCUGGUGCGGUGGUGCGUCGAACGCGGCGCGCGCGGGAGCGGGCUCACGGUGGCGCUGGAGACGGGCGCGGGCGCGGGACGAGGGUUGGAGGCGACGCGCGCGCUGCGCGCGGGCGAAGGCGUGCUCGAGCUGAAACUGGCGAGCGGAAUCGUCGACGAUGCGAAGGGACAUCCGGAGAGCGCGCGGGACGCGAUGAAGGAAGCGCCCUGGGGGGUGCGAUUGGCGUGCAGACUGCUGCAGGAGAAGAAGUUGGGCGAGGGGUCGGCGUACGCGGCGUACGCGAGGACGCUUCCGGAACGCGUGCCGACGUCGCCGAUACACUACGAUGAAAAGGCGAUCGCGGACGUGCAGUACCCGCCGGCGAUGUCGGAGAUACGAGAGAUGCAAGCGGCGUGUAGAAAAUGGCACGAGACGCUCAGGGAGAAGGCGCCGGAGGCGCUCGGGGACGCGUAUUUUGAUUACGAGGCGUUCGCGAACGCCGUCGGCGUGGUGCACUCGCGGACGUACGGCGUGGCGAGCGCGGAGGAUAACGCUGGGUACUUUCGCGUGCUGCUGCCGUUGGCGGAUAUGCUGAAUCAUGGAGGCGAUAUCGUGACGUCGUUGACGCGGGAUGAGACCACGGGGGAGCUGACGGAUAUGACGACUGCGGCGACGGAUAACAUCGCGUGGUCCACGCUCGACGCCGAAGAGGGCGUCAUUCAGUUUGCGGCGACGCGAGACAUUGAAGAGGGCGAGGAGGCGUUGAUGUCUUACGGUGAGCGCAGUAACGAUCAUUUUUUGAUUUAUUACGGCUUCGCGCCGGACAACAACCCGCACGACGAUUGCGUGUUGUUUAGCAAUCUCGAGCACGCGAUGGUGUGGCACUCGGUGGCGCAUCCAGAGUUGUGGGACGGGCCCGAGGGCGAAAUUCGCGAGAAAGCUGCGAACGCAGCGUACGAUGAAGUCACGAAAGCGCUCGAGGCCGAGGGCUCGGCGGACGCCAAGCUCGCCGCGGCGGAGCCUCGAUUGAAGGCUCUCGGCGCCGGGAGAAUCGACGCGCGACUUCUCAGUGCUUUUGCCGCCAUGUAUGCCGGUACCGAGGCCUCGGGAGAUAUCAACGGCCCAAUUUGUGGCGAUGAGCUCAAAUUCGCUCGCGCCGACAUCGCCGCGCGAUGCGAACAACUCUUGGCCCAAAUGCCGACAUCGCUCGCCGAAGACGUCGACGCGCUCCGCUCCGGCGCGUGCGUCGACGACGCCGAGCGCGUGCGGUUCAUCUACCGCGCGUGCAAGAAGAAGAUUUUGCACGAAACGCUCGAUUACUUUAAGAUAGCGCAGUAG